UUAUUGCUCUUGUUGAAGUAUUUGAUUGAAAUAUAUAUAAUCUUUGGAAAAAAACAAUAAAUAGCAGUGUCAAAAAUAAAUGUCAGCAAAAAGUCAAUGAUUGCAUGCUAGGAAAGAGCUUAAGAGCUUUAAAACAGUAAACAUUUGGGCACGUAAUGAAAGAUCCAAUGACUGCACAUCUACUGAUACUCCUAUUGGUCGGCCUUACCAGUAGCAUACCAACUGACAUUUGCCGAUUAUUUCCGGAUAAAACAAUAAUUGCCGACCCUUCAUCAUGCAACCAGUACAUUACCUGUAAUAAUUCGGUGUCACAAUACACGGCUUGUCCUACAUCUACCCCGUACUUCGAUAAUUCCACCAUGAAGUGUGCAAAAACAUUAUCAAAUCUCAGUCACUGUACACUUUCUUGUUCAGAACAUGUGAAUCAAUUCAUAAGCGAUAAAACGUCAUGUAAUGGUUACUAUUUUUGCAAAAAUGAGACUACUCUGCUCCAUGGGAAAUGUCCAAAUAAUUUGCACUUUAAUUCUGAAACUCAGUCGUGUAUCUAUCAAUCACAAUCUAACUGUGAAAUAAAUUCAUUCGAUAUAUGUUCAGUUGUCAAAGCCGAUACUAAAAUUGCUAAUGAAAAUGAUUGUGGUAAAUAUUUUAUUUGUGAUAAAAAAAAAGGUCUAACUGCUAAGGAUUGCGCCGAUGGUAAAUUUUACAAUUCAACUUCCGGCAGUGAAGUAGAAAAAUGGAAAGUAAAUUGUCGAAAAAUUCCAUUGCCCAAAGAAGUUUGUGGAACUACAAAAAAUCCCAAGAGGAAUAAAUACGUAUCCGAUAAAUCCACAUGUCGAGGUUACUUCUAUUGUGCCGACAAGGGUUCCAAGAUACCCGAUCCAGCACCUGUUUGGGGCCAAUGCGAAAAUGGUACUUUUUUUGACGACCAAAAACAAUCUUGUGAAGAUCCACUGAAAACAAAAUGUCCUAAAAAUGCAGAUCGAUGUGAUGGACGUUCAUUGGCAUUUGUGAGUGGCAGUCGAUCAGGCUGUAGGCAAUAUCUACGAUGUAAAAAUGGCAAAGCAGUAGAACAGAAAAGCUGCGGGAACUACUUUUUCGAUGAAUUUUCGGCUGUCUGUGUUUCUACUCCAAUUACUUAUGGUUUUUGUUUGGCAUAAAUAAUAUUUUAAUAUAUGUAUGUAUAUUUAUAAAUUUUCUUAUAUAGAUAUAAUAAAUAGCAGUUGAAUAAAAUUUA